CAGCACUGGUCGGAGCUGUUUCCUGCUUCUAUAGCUGCCGUACUCAUUGCACUACUGUUCUAUGGCGACGUUUAGGUCCUCGCAGAUGAAAUGAUCUUCCUGUAGUGCGCACCAGCUUCCCUUGCAAAACACACCCUGUGCUAUGGACUCUCCCUUAUUCUGUUACUGAUGUUGACUAUAUGCGUCCUCAAACUCGGAUACCUCGGGCAGUUGUGUGUACUGGAUGAGGCAGUGGUCAAACCGAAUGAAGCUGCAAUCAGCUCCUCUUCACUGUAUCAUGAAAUCAAAAUCUUUCUCGGGAAUGGUAGAUACGCUUAUGCAGUUAUGCGCUGUGAUGUUGUGAUGUUGUGGGACCGUUGUCCGGUGGCAUUGAAAGCCAAUGCGGUCAUGAUCGUGGCCAGGCUCACUGCACAGAUCAUCGCGAUGGUGCUCUCCUUCAUUCGUGUCAUUCCGAGCGUGGUAUGGUGUUCGAUAACUCGCAUAUUGCGGCGUAUCUUGUUACUGAUGAUCGCAGGCGCUAUUUAGGAUCGUGGCUCUCGCAUCUAUCGUCGUCAAUUCUCCCGAUCGACCGAUGUCUGCUCAGAUGCCGAUAACCACAGCUCU